GCUCAAAACACCAAACGCAAAGCUGCCAUGAGUUCUCUAAAUGCAAGCUUUUCCCAGAAUGUCUCCAUUGUUCAUCCUAAAUACUUUUUCAUUGUUGGACUUUCAGGAAUACCGUACAGCAGUUAUUACUAUAUAUUCUUAUUUAUGAUUUAUUUUAUUACUGUAAUUGGGAACUCUAUAGUGCUUCUCAUUAUUGCUUUUGAACGAAGUCUGCACAGUCCAAAGUACAUUGGUGUGUUUAAUUUGGCCUUGGCUGAUAUUGGUGAAACUAAUGCACUGAUUCCUAACAUGAUGAAUAAUUUUCUGUUUGACUCACAGUACAUCUCUUUCAAUGCUUGUUUGGCAAACAUGUUUUUUGUGUUCCUCUUCAGUUCUAUGCAAAGUGUCACUCUUGUUGUUCUGGCAUAUGAUCGCUUCAUUGCAAUUUGCCUGCCAUUAAGAUAUCAUGCUCUUGUAAACAAUACCAGUAUGGUUUUAGUUUUCUCAGCAGUUUGGGCAUUUAAUUUUUCGAUUGUGGCCUUGAUGGUGUCUUUGAUCACCCGACUUUCAUUCUGUGAAUCUAAUGUGAUACAGAGUUAUUUUUGUGAUCAUGGACCAGUGUUUAGGUUGGCAUGUAAUGACAACAGUAUUAAUAAGAUCAUUGCAUUUCUUGUCUCAGCUUUAUACCUUGUAGCACCAUUGAUCAUUAUAUUCCUUUCAUAUAUGGGAAUUUUUCUUGCUUUAAUCAAAAUUACAACUUGGCAAGGACGUUUAAAAGCUCUGAAGACCUGUUUCUCUCACUUGUUUUUAGUAGGGAUAUAUUUCCUGCCAAUAUGCUGUUCAUACAUUGCUGCAUUAUUGGUUUCUCUCACACCCAAUGCAAGGGUCAUCAGCACCUCUCUGGCUUAUGCUGUUCCACCGAUGCUAAAUCCUAUCAUUUAUGUUUUAAAGACGGCUGAAAUCAAAGACAUAAUUCAAAAAGUGCUUAAAAACAAAUCUGCACCAAUUAGAGAUAACAUUUUUAAAUGA